AUGCCCAAGAUCACAGAAAUCCUCUUCGACUGUGACAACACCCUCGUCCUCUCGGAAGAGCUCGCCUUCGAAGCCUGUGCCGACCUCGCCAACGAGAUUCUUGCCAAAUACAAUAUCCCAGACCGCUACACCGGUCCCGAGCUUCUCAAUGACUUCGUCGGCCAGAACUUCCGUGGCAUGGUCGUGAACCUCCAGAAAAAGUUCGACUUCAGCAUCCCUGGCCCUGAAAUGGAAAAGUACGUGUCUAUGGAAGAAGACAGAGUGAUCGCCAAGUUGGAGAGGGAUGCCAAGCCCUGUGUAGGGUGCUCUGAGGAGCUCGACAAGCUAUACAAGGCUAAGAAGUAUGGCAUGGCUGUGGUCAGCUCAAGCGCUCUGCGUCGUGUCCAAGCCAGCAUCGACAAAGUCGACCAGGCCAAGUACUUCCCCAAAGACCACAUCUUCAGCGCUGCCACCUCUCUACCAAAGCCAACCACCAAGCCGGAUCCAGCCAUCUACCUCCACGCCUGCAAGGUCAUCGGCAAGGAGCCCGGAGAGUGUGUGGCCGUGGAGGACAGCAAAAGCGGGACCUUGAGUGCCGUCCGUGCGGGUAUCCCAGUCAUUGGUUACGUCGGCAGCUACGGCGGCAGCGAGAAGCAGAAGGAGAUGACCGAGACCCUCGAGGGAUUGGGCGUCGGCAUUGUGAUGCAGAACUGGGACGAGUUCCCACAGUGCUUGGAGGCCAUCGAGAAAAGUUGA